AUGCUUUUUUUUAUUGUUCGAGUACAUUCUGCAGUGUCUCUACUCACCCUUUUUGUCAGGCCUUUUGAAGAUAUUACAUUUGAUAUUAUCGAAAUCCUUAACUCCUCCGUCGCAUACAUGGAUCAAGAUCCAAAUGUGAUGCCAUCCUUUUUAGUGCUGGAUGCAGCGCUCUCUGUGCUGGUUAAUCCCAGUCUAAGUCUUAAUAGCUUUCCAGAAGAUGAAAAUUUCGAUUUAAUGGUGUCUGGUCUGUCUUCUGGUGAUGCUAAACAUGACGGGAAAUCGGAAUUUUGCUUAUCUGGCAGCCAGUAUAGAUAUCAAUGUCUCUAUUUAUCGGCUCUUCUUUUUUUGUACUCUCUUAGCAGUCUGAUUAAUCGGAUAUGCAUUUCAUUCUCAUUUCAAAACCAGCUUUUGCGUCAAAGGCUAGAUGGAGUUCUAACUGCACGUUUUAAUCCUCAGCUCGUCACAAAUCUUACCAAUGCGUGGUUCCGAGCAGGCCAGCUCUCUCAGCAAUUAGAUAUGAAUAAAAAACUCGGCAUUUGUCAUGACAAUGCGGAAUUAUGCUGCUUUUAUCAGGCACUCUCAUUUAAACCAUCGAAUAAGGCAGAAUCGAAUGAGCUCGUUUCUCCCAUCUCUGAGCUUAGAAGAGCUGUUCAUACAUUCAACAAUCAGCUAGAACAGAUAAAUGAAGUCUUUAUUGAUGAUUAUUUGACAGACCACAACCAAAUUAAUUCUUUAUCGCAGCUAGUAAAUAACUUGGACAAAGAAUCACUGUCAACCAUUUCAUUUUGCCAAAUUCAACAUAACACAGAUGAGCACCUCUGCAUUUCUUCUGAUCUCGGUCAAAAUUCUGUAUCAAGACGAAGCGCUUUCAAAAAUAUUUAUGACUAG